AUGGCAGAAAACACCACAAUAUUGGCGAGUGGCAGAGCUAGCCCUGAGUAUUGUUCAGAUCUGCAGAGAUUGUGUGUCCUUGAGAUCGGAUUUGUCCUUCUUCCUGUGGCCAACCAAACUGAGACUGCUGGACUUCUGGCUCAAAUGUUUCACUGUGAAGGAAAACAGAAGAGCAACCCAUUCCUGAGGCUAUGUCUACUUCAGCAGGUUGAUCCAGCUCUUGUGAUGUCUCUACAGAAGGUUCCUAAACUGGGUCAGGUCAAGGCCUUGCAGCUUCUUGAAGCAUUCCACAGUAGGUUGAUGAACAGCUCUCUGCCUUAA